UGCUCUGUGAGUACUACGCGGUAACUCGAUUUUUUGGCGUGCCAUACUGAUCGAGCUUUUCAGCUGAAAUAACGUGGAAAACAGUGUUUGAAUAAACACUUGAAACGAAAUUUGACUAUUGUCAAAUUUUCUCUGAUCCAAGAUAUCUUGGAUCGAUUAAAUUGGUACUGGCCAAAGCGUCUUUGGCGCUUACUGGUAAUUUUUCCGGUUGUUCCCAGUUUUAAUCCCGUUUUACACCCUGUUUUUGCCUUUUUAUUGCGGUCGUUUUCCUAUUGUAUACGUGUUGUAAUUCUAAUCUGUUUUCCACAUGAACAUGGCUGUCUCGCUAAACACCGAGACGGAUGGACCUAUGGGGUCCUCGUUUGAUGAGUCUACUGCAGCUUGCGGACAGGUUAACUGUUCAGAGCCAGUAACAGAUGCAUCUGGUGGUAUGCAGUGUGACGUCUGCUGCCGCUGGUAUCACGAAAGCUGUACCGGCCUACAAGCUGACCAGUACAAAAUGCUAUCAUCAAGCGUCCACUUUCUUUUCAGCUGCGCUGAAUGCUGCGCUAAAAGAUCGACGCGCCCGGCUGUCACCGGUGCUAAACUUUCAGCGUUGGCUUCAAGGUUGGCAGAUGUUGAGUUGGCGAUAGCUAAACUCGCCUCUAUUGCGUCGCUCGAUACGAAAAUGGAUUUGAUUUUAAAAUCCCUAAAUAUUUCGUUUGAAGACACAGCAAUAGCCGGCAACAUUGCUGACGAUCCAUCCACUGGAGUCUGUCACUCGGUCAUAAAGUCGCACAUCCUACCGGCCAAUCCAGGUAGCAUUGCUGGCGGUCCUCAUGAUCCGAUCAAAGUGAAGAAAAAUAGGGUGCGGAAAUACCAAAAGCCCUCUGCUAAACCCAGAGAAAUAGUUGCCACGGCAUCGAAAGAGAUGCCGUCUUUGACAGUCAUAAAGUCGUCUGACGAUUGCACACAGAACUUUCCACAGACGCUGACUGUCUCGGCCGCCAGUGAACCAGCCUGUUCUGACGAAAUGCUGGUAACUGCUCAAUGCGAUACAAAGUCAACGGCCCCUGCUCCAGUGAGCCAAAAGAAGAAGCGGACAAGAUCUGCUCGUAAAACUUCGAAGGGGCUUGAAGACCCAGGAACCAGUAAGACGCCGGCAAUAGAGCGGAAAACCUACGCUACCGUUGCUUCGGCGUCGUUUGGGAAGCCAGGGACAGUCCCACCGCCAGUGGUGAAAACAGCUGGUAUAGGUGUCGACUCCAAGGCACGUGGGGUAAACACUCCCCGUCGUGCCGACUCUUUCACGGAUAGUAGCGUUAUAUUCCGUAACGUUACUGAAUCUGAGGCCGUUCUCCCAAGGGAACGCAUCUUGGAUGACAUCAAGUGGCUGAAACUGUGUGUCAGCAAGCUGCUUCCACCUGGUUUCCCUGGUGUCACUGUCAGAAAGCUGACCAGAUUGGGGAACGUUCCUAUCGCUACGCCAAAUCCACGACCCCGACUACUUCGCGUAGUCCUUUCUACCCCGGAGGAACGCAAAUCGUUACUGCGAUUUGCAUUCAAACUUAAGGGUAGUGGUGUCAGCGUUCAGCCGGACCUACCACUGGCAGAUAGGUUGAAGUUAAAGGAGGCUAUCAAAGACCUCAAAACUAGACGGGCGGCUGGUGAGCAAGGCCUCCGUCUGGUGGGUUUUCAGGUGGUCAGCCGGAAGUUACUUUCCGCCCUAUCAGAACCAAUCCUGAUGGCGCACGACCCAGGGAUGGUCGUGCCGACUUCCUUGAGGUAGUACUUAGCAACGUGCGUAGCCUAAGGAACAAGGUGCACGAGUUGGGUCUACUUGUAGACAAAUCUCGUCCCGACAUACUUGCUUUCACUGAGACGUGGUUGUCUCCGGAUAUCACGGACGGUGAGGUAUAUUUACCUGGCUACGCGCUGCUUAGAACUGAUCGCUCCGUUGGUCGCCAAGGCGGAGGCGUUGUACUGUAUGUGAGCUGUAACUUAGAUGUGUUGAGGACUUGCACAUUCCAGUCGUCGGAUCAGACUGUUGAAGCCCUAUCGGCUGUUUUGUGCACUUCCUCUACCCAGUUUACAGUUAUAGUGAUAUACAGAAGUCCUGGAAGUUCCUCCAGGGGGAUACUUGACUUUAUUCGCACUCAGUCUGCGAAUAAGUGUUUAGUUCUAGGGGAUUUCAACCUCCCGGAAGUCUGUUGGGCCGAUCUUUCUUGCAAUUCGGCAUUAGGAACAUUCGGUGCAGACUUCCUUGAACUGACUCUCCAAGUGCCUUUGCACCAGUUCGUUGACUUUCCCACUAGGUAUAUGGACAACCAAAUACCAUCUACUUUGGAUUUGGUUUUCGCUAAGUCCCUGGACUUCGUGACUGACGUUUCAUGCGGUGCACCUCUAGGGUCCAGCGAUCACGCAUGCAUAUCCUUUCGAUGUGCUCUUUCAAGGCACCAAGAGACCGCUGUUGAAUUACUUCCGAAUAUUUGGCGGGCGGACUUUAGUGCAAUGCGAACUAAGGCUUCAGUUCUGAACUGUGAGAUCUCGAUGGCUGACUCUGUCCAGUUAGCCUGGGAUAAAUUUAAGGCAUACCUUACGGAGGUUUCCGCUCCCUAUAUUCCACUCAUUAGGAAAAGAGGGUUAAGGGCACAGCCUCCAUGGAUAGAUACCACAGGCAAGUACCUACUCAAGAAACGGUCUAGAUGCUGGCGAACCUACCAAGCAGCUCCAUCAGCCAGUACCUAUGAUAGUUAUCGAGAGAAUAGAAAUAAAUGUAAGCAACAUCUCAGAACUGCUCGUCUCCAAUACGAGCAGGGUUUAGCGGACUCGGCCGCAGCUAAUCCCAAGAAGUUUUUGCUUACGUUAAAAGACGCAGCGGGGCAAAACUGUCUAUACCAGCUUUAUUGCGAGCAGACGGGACCCGUGCGCAAACUGACUAUGACAAGGCUUGUAUACUGAGUGAUCAGUAUACUGCGGUCUUUGCUCGGGAGACCUCUUUACCACAGGUUGAAUUGGUUUCAAGAGUUCCAGAGGAUUCUUGCUUAGCUGAAUUUAGCAUAACGGAGACUCAGGUCUUCGAGCUACUGCAAGGCAUUAAUCCCUCUAAAGCUUCCGGUCCUGAUUCAAUUCAUCCGAAGCUGUUGCAUGAACUGGCCACUGAGCUGAGUGGUCCGCUCACGUGCGUAUUUUCAAUAUCGCUGGACA